AUGACUUGGUUCAGUGCUUGUUUUUGCCAGCAAGAUUCUUUUGUAAUUGAUCAAAGAGUAAAUAUCAACAGAGAAAUUUCGAAUCUUCCAAAUGCUAAAUUGUACAGCUACAAAGAAUUACAAACAGCAACGGAAAAUUUCAACCAGGCGAAUAAGAUUGGUGAAGGUGGAUUCGGUUCUGUAUACAAGGGAAAGCUAAAUGACGGCACUUUAGCAGCCAUUAAAGUUCUCUCUUCCCAGUCAGAGCAAGGCGUGCGUGAAUUUCUGAACGAGAUAGUAGCAAUAUCUGGAGUCGAACAUGAAAACCUGGUCAAGUUGUACGGUUGCUGCACGGAGAAAGGCCAAAGAAUAUUGGUUUAUGGCUACCUCGAAAAUAAUAGCCUCGCUCAAACUCUUCUAAGACGGCACAGUGAUUUGCAGUUUAGUUGGAAACUGCGUACUAAAAUCUGCAUAGGGGUCGCACAGGGGCUUGCUUUCCUUCACGAUGAAAUACAGCCACAUAUUGUUCAUAGAGAUAUUAAGGCAAGCAAUAUUCUUCUGGAUAGAGAUUUCACACCGAAAAUCGCUGACUUUGGUCUGGCAAAGCUUUUUCCAGCCACUAUGACUCAUAUUAGCACGCGUGUUGCUGGAACCUUUGGUUAUUUGGCUCCUGAGUACGCGAUUCGAGGCAAGCUGACGAGAAAAGCAGAUAUAUACAGUUUUGGAGUUCUUCUGCUAGAAAUUAUCAGUGGGAGGUGCAACAUGAACAAGAAAUUACCAGUCGAAGAACAAAAUCUUCUCGAAUGGGCCUGGAUGUUGUACGAGAACAAAAUGCCAACCGACUUGAUUGAUAAAUCGCUCGAGGGGGACUUCAACACGGACGAGGCUUGCAGGUUUGUGAAGAUUGGGCUUUUGUGCACCCAAGAUAAGCCCAAGAACCGGCCCACGAUGUCGGCCGUUGCAAAAAUGUUGAAAGGUGAGAAUGGCGUGGAUGAAAUGGAGCUGUUGAGGCCAGCCUUACUCAAAGAGUUAAUGGCGCUUAAGGCCUCAAGCAACGCCCCGUCAUCAAGUUCGGGAGCAAGCACUAAUGAUGGAUCUUCGUCAUGCUCUCAAAGUACAAACAUGUCAUGCGCGACUAUGUCUUUUUCGUCAAUAUACGAUCGGAGUAAUUGA